GGCCGUCCCGCCGCUGCCGCCGCCCGGGGCUGCCUAGUCACGGCCGGGCACCGCCCCCUCCCUGUGUGGCCGCCGGUUCGAGGCCCGGGGCCGCGCUUUGGGCCUCCUCACACGGGGGCCGCUCCGCAGAGCGCCCGCCCCAAGGCCUUUAACCCACUUUGGACCGUGGAAACCGUGAGGAAACCGAUGGUGGCCUCCGAACCUGAGGGGAGGCCGGCCCCGGCCCCACAGCCCGCCCUUUGGCUGACAGGAGGGUGGUGGCAGCCAGGGCAGGCCGCGCCUCUCCGUCAUCCCUCGUCUUCUCUGGCCUCGCCCGGGGCUGGGCUGGGUGCCACGGGCCUGCCUCGCCUCUCUGGGGGAUAACGGGCCUCCCCGAGCAAGGGUCACGCUGAGCCUGCAGAGUGUGGGUGCGGAUAUGGCGUUAAAACAGGCGCGGAGGAAUGUAUGUGAGGCGGCUGGUCCCCAAGGCUGUGUCGAUGGGUCCGUUCGGCUGGCAGCGGAGCUCUGAUUUGAAAGUUAUUUUGUAUUUCACCUGUUCUGAGAUCACUGUCUGUCUGGGAGGGAGUUUAAGCUGGAAAUCUGAGUAUCAGCACUUAGAGUGUAGCAUGUCAUCCUGAGGGAAAAACUUGGGUAAAUUCCUAGCUUUUGGUGUAUUUUCGCUGAGUGUUAAUGCCGACAGGGGAUUUGGUAACGAGUGUCAGAAGAAUUGUGUUCGUUUGAACAGGGCGAAAUGGUGGGAAGGGUUCUGGGUCGUUCUUACCCCGAGUACGAGUCCUAAGGGUUUGUCUUGCAGGGAACAGAUGAAAACUAAUUAGAUACAUUGCAUUUAUAUAUCACACAAAGACGCUGCGUCAGUUAGAUAAAUCUGUUUCUAAGUUGCUGUUACCUUUCUCUUAUCUAGAGAAAAUUUACCAGGCGUUCUGGUUCUGGCUGAAUUACCCCCAUGAUCACAGAAUUCCCGUGAGAAGGAGCAGAAUGUAGGUCUGGCUGAAGUCAGGGCAGCGCUCUGUACGUCUGGGAAAGUCCUUUAAAUGUUGUUUCUGAAAUGAGGCUGAUACGCAAGGCUCAACAGCAGCUGAAGUGGUGUGUGGAUGGUAUCCUGGCGCAUUACAGUAGUGACAGCUUGGUACGUCUGCGUUCAUGAGUACUUUUUGAGUUCAGUCUAUGUCAGUUGCGUCUAGUGCACGAUGUCUUCUAAUUACCGCAACUUCCGAAACAACGUGCCAUGGCUAAUCCUUUUUCUGGAAGCUGUCUUCAUCGUCCUCUUUUACUUUUUGUUCUCACAUGGUGAUGAAUCCAGAUCAACGGUCUCCUACGCCGCUUUUCAAGAUGUCAACCACAUGGUAAUUUUUGGAUUUGGCUUUUUCCUGACAUUUCUGAAAAGAUAUGGGUUUAGCAGCACUGGAUUCAACCUCCUGAUCGUCGUACUUGGUGUCCAAUGCUCUGUGCUGAUAGAAAAUUUAUUUUAUUUCCUUCUUGAAAUACCACAUGAAGAUGGUCUGAAAAGAAUAACAAAGGCUGCUGUGAGUAUAACUGCUGUGGUCAUCUCCACUGGAGCUGUUCUUGGGAAGACUAAUCCUGUGCAAUUAAUUCUGAUGACAGUUGUGGAGAUAAUAGUUUUCCAUAUGAGCAGAUGGAUCAACAGAAUGUACCUGCAGGUUCCAGAUGAUGUUGGCAUGAUGCAUGUUCACCUGUUUGGAGCUUACUUUGGUCUGGCAGUCUCCUCGUGCUUCCCUGAGCCGUCACCAAGGUCUGAGAAGAAUGCGAGUACCCCGAAGUCGGCUUUAUUGUCAAUGUUGGGCACUCUCUUUCUCUGGGUGUUCUGGCCAAGCUUCAAUUCUGUACUGUCUGAGGACAAAAAAUGGGAAGUAACCUACAACACCUACUUUGCCCUUGCUGUGAGCGCUGUGACUGCCUUUACGUUCUCUGCUAUGACCACAAAGGAUGGAAAAUUCAGAAUGGCUCACAUCCACAGUGCAGUACUAGCCGGUGGGGUCGCUGUUGGUUACGCAGCAAACAGAAUCCGGUAUCCUUGGAUCGCGAUGAUUUUGGGUCUGCUUGCCAGCGUGAUAACUGUAUUGGGAUCUUACUGCUUACAGAGAUGCCUGAAUCCUGCUCUCGAGAUUCAUGAUUCCUCUGGAGUUCAUUUCACUUUUGGCUUCCCUGCUGUCCUUGGAGCUCUUGCCCAGGUCGUGCUCUUAGUAGCAGAAAAUGGGACUUUUUUAACAAGUCUGGGUUAUUCGGUCAUGUUUCACAUCGGUGCCUUCUGCGUGACCAUCAGCAUGGCCUUGAUAACGGGUCUUAUUACAGGUUUAAUCUUAAACCUCAAACUGUUCAAGACCACCCCUGUAACAAAGUACUUUGAAGACCAGUUUUACUGGGAGUUUCCCCAUUUGGCCGUCGGAUUUUGAGUGGAGGAUCCCAGAUGACAGAUGUGACCAAGAUAAGCUUUUCCCGUUUGCCACUAGAGAAAACGAACAGCUGUGAUGGGUCGAAAGAGCACUUAAAGGUCAAUUCUCAGGCUCCAAAAAAGCCAACCCAAUGGACACUCACAAAAUUAGUAAU